AUGACCGAUCGAAAUCUGGAGGUCAAGGCCGUCGCGGCCACCUUCAUGUCCGUGGCGGCGGUGACGGUGAUACUGCGUUGUUAUGUGCGCCUACGCAUCGUCAAGGCGUUUGGCUGGGAUGAUGGUGCCAUGGUUGUUGCUAUGAUUUUUUAUGCCUUGUUCUCCGGCAGCAUGAUCGGGGGCAGUUUAUACGGUACAGGAAAGCAUUUCAGCGACCUCACGGCUCAUCAACGAGUCACGGCGAUGGAAUAUUGGUGGUUCUGUGAAAUCGCCUACUGUUUCGCCUCUGUCGGGUGCAAAGUGUCGGUCUGCAUUUUCCUGCUGCGAAUUACAGUCAAACGGGAGCAGAUUUACAUCUUGUACAGUGUGAUGGGCUUGACGGCCAUCGCCGGUGUGGUCUUCAUGUUCAUUAUGCUGCUGCAGUGCAAGCCGCUCGAAUAUUUCUGGACCCGAUCUGCUCUCGAUCCCUCGAUCCCCGGUCACUGCAUGAAUGUCCAAGUCGUCAUUGCCAUGACCUAUGUGUACAGUGCAAUUGCGGCGCUGUGCGAUUUCACCGUGGGCAUCCUGCCCAUCUUCCUCGUUAAGAAUUUGAGUAUGCGUCGGCAGACCAAGAUGGCUGUCGUUGGUAUUCUCGGUAUGGCUUGCAUUGCCUCCUCAGCAGUCAUCAUCCGUAUACCUUGGGUCCACACCUUCGAGGAAAUCAACGACUUCCUCUACGCCACCGUCGAAAUUGCUAUUUGGUCGAAUAUCGAAACCGGUCUGGGCAUAUCCGCCGGUAGUCUAGCCACCCUCCGUCCUCUUCUACGUCGGUUUUUCCCUCGCUCAUCGCGAGACGGCGGCAGUUAUACCCCCGCCCCCGGAUCGCGCCGAUUACCACUCGGCUCGUUGGAUAGCGGAGCACAGCAUCGCUUCCGCCCGGACAAACUGGCUGUUACUGUGACCACCGUGCAGAGCCACCAUCCCGGCGAGGAAUUGGACACCUGGGAGCGGAUCAGUCAGGAACAGUUGACGGAGCGACCGCCGCUACCGGGCAUUGCAGAGGAGAUUAACACGGGCAUGGGAAUCCAUCGAACAAUCGAGGUGAACCGGACGGUCGAAGUCACACAGGGGGAAUAUGUAUAG